AAGGAAACGGAAGAGGGCAAAUUCCUUAUGCAGCCGACGCGCAAAAGGUGCCACGGGAAGCUCUAUAAAUCAAGGGUAUGCGUGGUUUCGCGGUUAAUCGAAAACGCGCCUCGACUUUCGAGAAGACCCAUCGUGGACCGUGAAACGUAACUCGUCUUCCAUUCGUUCCCACGUGAUCAGCAACGUAUGAACGAUCGAACGCGAAACUCCCGUCGGACGAUCCAUAGAAACGGGAAGACGCGCGAUCCAUUUGUUGGAAAAUAUCUAUCGUAAUUAGGCGUGUGUCUAUUGCUCGGCGCGAUCGGCUCUCGAGUUCGUUGGACGCGAACGGGAAACACUGGUGUGGGGCUUCUUUAUUUUUAGCGCGAUUCAUCGGCAUUCUCCGGGAGAUAUUCGAGCGGAGGCGGACACCGUCUUCGAUGACGCCGCCGAUGACGACGGUUUUUUCGAACGGGAUGACAACGCCUGCCCGGCUUCGUAAUCAGAAAUCACCGAUUCGAUUUGAACCGGUUUCACGAACCGAUACGGUACUACCGCGAACUGGACCGGCCUCCAGGAUUUUCCAAGACUCUUUUUACAACCAGUUCCUCCCAGUAAAUUAUAAUCAUAUGAAUCAUAGUCGCAAUAAAUGAUUUAUACAUAGAAAUUGCAUACAGUUAUGAUUCUUGACAGUAGAUCAGAUUUCUGUUUAUCUUUCGAUGAAUUUGGAGGUCUGCAGAUUUGAUCCCGUGAAGAUUCGUCGAAAAAUCGUGGGAGAACGCCGCGAGCGUAGGUUGCCGCAUCGAAGAAACGACUCCGUUCGCGAAAUUGGCUUAGUCAUCGAGAUAUUACAGAAUAUUACGGGAUAUUAACGGGAACGAGCGGCAACCCACCGCUUUUCGUGGAGAAUGACAGGCACGAGGGGCGAGCACAGUCCCCCAGCAUACAACAUACGUGCGACACACUAAAUACUCAUGAAUCAUUCCUCUACCUUGCGAGCCGAGCCGAUCACUGCUUCCAAGAAAGCUACGCAACGUAAUACCCAGGCCUAGAAACGAAGAGGCACACCUACUAGAAACUUUACAACGUUUCAUCCCAUUCCAAAUUUAAUCCGUCGAUGUACGGGAAGAAUUCCGAGAUAAUGUCGAUAUAAUUUUUCGACUCGCGCGGUGUCUUUGGUUUAAGAUUUCUCAUUCGUCUUUGCCAUGUCAAUUAGACGCUGGUCGAAAGGAUUCUUGGGAGGAUUAAUAUUUGAAGUGCUCAGAUAGCGAGGGCAUUCUCCCUUGCGUCACGCGAACCGUUCCGGCUAAUUCAUUCCCCAGGUGAAUCGAUUCCACGAAAUCGAGCAGGUCUUACUCAGGAGGGUAGUUCCCAGUGUAACCAACCGAUUAACGGAUCGGAUCUUUCGAAAACCGACCGAAUAUACAUAUAUCGCGUGUUUCGUAGCGACUUUUGACCUCGCGCGAUUACUACAAUCGCUCUCGGCUCCGUCUCUUGAUUUCCUCCUCGUUCCAUUUAGCGGUUCUUCCGGUGAUAACGAGGCACCAUCUAUUUGUAAGCGCCGCCGGAAAGUAAAAAUUCAACCUUUCUACUUUUACCAUAACCGAGAUAGUUCGUCCGUUUCCGCGUCCCAAACCAGUUCGCUUCGUUCGAGUCAUGAUUUCUGACCGAUUCAGGCGAUAUCACUUAGUCGGACGUCAUUUAUACCGUAAUAUGAAUGUCCGGCGUCAAAACAUUUUAUUUCCCUUCCCCUCCACGAUUUUCGAAGAUUUAUUAUAAAAAAAAACUUGGAGAAAACACGGAUUACAUGAACCCCGAUAAGAUUAUCUAAUGGCUCUGGUAACAGAGGUUUGCACAAGCUUGCGCUACACGAAAUCGAGGAUCGUCACAGUUCUGCAACUUACGAUCUCUAAUCCGGACCGGUUCUACCUAUAGUAGGUAUAAACCGCACGGUUAUGCAUCGCAGCGAGUACAGUAACAAUGAGCGCGGGAGGAGUGCGGCGGGGAAGAGUAAUAUACAUACAUAUACGAGACGGUUGGCGCGCGCCGCCACGGUAUUCAACGUUCGACGGUCUAGAGCCGAGCAAGAAGCUCGGAGCACGACAGUCGAUGCGCGACGUCCGAACGGACUGGGGCUGGAUUUUGUUCGACGAAAUCUCGCGCGUGAUAGAGAGAGAGGAGAAGGAGAGAAGGGAAUCGAACAGAAACACGCGUACACCAGUUCCCGGUUGAGGAUCGUAAAUGCUUGAUCCGUUCGCGUUUUAAGAUGACAGCCUCGGCAUCGUCUUCCUUUCUCUCCUGCCGAUCACCGUUCCCAAUCGGUACUAUCUCGUCGACGCGGGCCACGUCGACGACUCCGGCGAAGUCGUCGUCCUCGUGGCUGUGGGUGCUCUCGUCUCAGUCGCCGUUGCCGUCACGCAGGAAGAAGAAAAACGGCUGGACGAUCUAUUGCGAUGGUCACCGUUUCACGUUGAGCGUAACAGGUCGAAUUCGAUAAAGGAAUUCGAUAAACAGUGCAAACGAAUUUGUGCCGUUCGAACUCGAGGGUACCGGCGGUGUUUCGCCGAUCGAAAGGGUGAAGAAGUUAAACCUGCGAGAGUGAAGGGAAAGGAUACACGGGCAAGUAGAAGGAGGUGGAGGAAGAGGAGAAGUAGGAGGAGACUCGAGAAGCGAGGUAAAGGGAAUUAGAUAUAUAGUAGAGCGAAGCAAGCUGGGAGCAAGGGAGCACGGUAGCGAGACCAAGAGGUGCUCCCCAGGCCGGAGGUGUCCCGGUGGAUAUCGGGUUCGAACUCAGAACUCUGGCUAUGGGAAAGCUGGCAACGACUGGUCGACUCGUGACCCGUGACUACGAGCAACAGCAGGACGCGACAUCGGCCCGGUUGCAUCGCGGUCUCGUACGGCCGGAAGUUGAGGCUGCGAGAGGAACGGGUUCGAUCGUAGGGAGAGACCGGUGGUACACCGAGGACCGUCGAGCGUUUCGAGGAUCCUGCAGAGGUGGACGCGGCGGAUCUUCCACGGUUGCCGGAAACGGACAACUUUCUCUUCUAUUUGGAAUAGCGACGAUCGUUGCGGUUGCGGCCGUGCCGAUGCUCGAGCGGGAUACGUCGAAUCGUCCGCUCUCUCUGACCGGUCCCCAGCACGGCCUCGACCGGCCGACCGGUCUCGAGGACGUCUACGAGGACGGUUUCGAGGACGCUUUCCAAGAAGAGGAUCGACCGGCGACGAGAACCGUCCUCGACGAGACGGAGCUGGAUAUCAUCAGACGCAGCAUAGCGCGAGGUCUCGGCCUCGAGAGGAUGCCAGACCCUUCCAAGGCAAAUAUCAGUCAAGCCGAGUACGAGAGAGCGCACAGAGAGUACCUGAUGAGAAUACAGCACAACGAGCAAACUUUCGGAACGAAGAAAAACCUACACGUGUUUCCCGCAACAGCGUAUCCUGGAAACGGAUCCAGUUGGCUGACCGACAUAGCGAAUAAAUAUUCAUCCGAACGUCACCGAUUGUUCUUCCCCGUGGAAAUCCCUGAGGAAGAUUACAACGCGGACGUGGAUCACGCGACGUUACGUUUGUUGCUUCACGGACCGAACCACUACACCGAGCGUUCUGAUCUGGACCUUCUGCUAUACCUGAGAACGUCCUCGGGUAGGCGAUUGAUCACGAGGAAACGAAUCGAGCUACAGGAUUCACGGAUCUCGAGAUGGCUCGAACUGGACGCGACUCUGGCAGCUUCCUCCUGGAUCGUAUUCCCUUUUCGCGAGAAUCUAGGCUUGGAACUAGAAUUUCUAAUAGACGACGAACUGGUGCAAUGCACCUUCUCAUCGCCCGCCCUGAACGUGUUCACCACUUCUCGAAUUCGACGCAGGACGAGGCGUUCCACUCCCGAAGAGUUGAUGUCUCUGCACAAAGGUCGGAGGACGAAAUGCAAAGGGGAGAGUAAAAAAUGCUGCAGGCACGAGCUGACGGUCAUGUUCAAGGAGCUCAAGGGUUUCGAGUUCAUCGUUUAUCCGAAAACUUUUGACGCUGGCUACUGCAAGGGCAGGUGCCCGCCGAGAUACAAUCCGGCGCAUCAUCACGCUCUUCUACAGAGCUUACUCUGGAAAGAGGAUAGGAAGAAGGUGCCCAAGCCGUGCUGCGCGCCGAGCAAGCUCGACCAACUGAUGAUCGUUUACUUCGACGAGAACGAUUCCACUCAGUUGAAAGUUUCGUUUUGGAAAAACAUUCAAGUGAUCGAGUGCGCUUGUUCCUGAACGUCCUCUUUACGGACUUUCGAUGAAUUUCAUAGUCACAGACGACUCACCAAAGAAUCGUCCGAAUAACAUUUCGGUAGCGUCUCCGAUAAUGUAUGCGUGUGUAUGUAAAUAUGUAUAACGUAUGUAUAUUGUGUUGAAGUAUCGCGCGAUCUUUCCUUUAGCGUAUUCGUUUUCUCGAACGAUGUAUAAUUUGACUUCUCGACACCGUCGAUCAACGACUCGAAAGCUGAAGAAGCUUUCGCACUGACUGUGAUACUAAAAGAUAUUUAACGUCGUUUCGGUAGAUGUAUGGUAUUUCGUAUUUUAAUUAAACGCGUUCUUUUCUAUUUCUACCCGUUCCCUUCCUAUCUUACUCUCAUCGUUAUUUCGAACUUCGCGUACACACGAAAUCUGAUGGAAGACGUCUCAAUUUUUCACCUUAUAAAAGUAGUUUCGAAACCAAGCAACAAAUUCUAUGCACAAUAAAUCUGUCAAUAAAAUAUCAAACUGUAUGCGUGUAGCGUUAAAAAACGAAUCGAAUUCGGACCCCUGUAGCCUCGCGUUGCAUGUACUCUGAUCGAUCAUCGAUCAUGUAAAAUAAAACUUAAUUCGUUAUUUA